UAGAGGAGCUCAGGAGGGCUACAAGUGCCUGCUCCGGCUAUAUUGAAGGACUUCCACCGAGCAGCGGAGGACAGGGAAGCUUCAAGAUCCAAGACACUGGGAGGGGGUAGGAAUAAGAAGAAGGUAGGCUCCAGUGGGUUUCUGGAAGCCGGAGAUUCCUGGAGGAUGUCUUAGAUAUGAAGCUGCUUGGGGACACCUGAAUAGCUCCCAUGGAGCUUCACCACCUUGCUAAGAAGAGAGGGCAGGCGGACCAGUGCAACAAUCUGGACUGGAGUUUGGGGGCUUCUCCUUGUGACCACCAGCAGGUUAGAGGAGAUGUAAAGUUGGCUGAAGCAGCCACGAGAGCUGCUUUAUGCUGUCAAAAGCACUGCAAAACAACACAAAAGAUUAUAGAGGAUAACGAGACUAGCCCUCCUCCCACAUUUGACUUCCUCUCUCAUAAAGAUAGCAUUGUUCAGACAGAUGGCCACCCAUCAGGAUCUCUCAAGUCAGAAAAAGAGCCAAUAAUGGCCAAAGAUGUCUGCCACUGUUAUGCCCAGGAACUUGAAACCUCCUUCACCUAUGUUGAUGAAAAUGUUAAUCUGGAGCAUUGUACUGGCAGUCUUUCUCCAGCAAAGGAUGGCAGCCACCAAAGAGAUUCUGGCUGGGAGAAUCCAAAUGAAUGGCCUCAUGAGGCUGCCAUGUCCCUGAUAUCUGAAGAAGAUGACACAGGCUCUGAAGCCACUGCUUCAGGGAAGUCAACCGACUAUGGCUUCAUCAGUGCCAUUUUGUUCUUGGUCACUGGUAUCUUGUUGGUGAUCAUCUCCUAUUUGGUCCCCAGGGAAGUGACUGUGGACCCCAACACUAUUGCAGCCCGUGAGAUGGAACGCUUGGAGAAUGAGAGUGCCAGGAUUGGGGCUCAUCUAGAUCGCUGUGUUAUAGCUGGCCUCUGCCUCCUUACUCUAGGUGGUGUGGUUCUGUCCUGUUUGUUGAUGAUGUCCAUGUGGAAGGGAGAGCUAUACAGGAGGAAUAGGUUUGCCUCUUCCAAAGAAUCUGCAAAACUCUAUGGUUCUUUCAAUUUCAGGAUGAAAGCUGGCACCAAUGAUAACACACUAGAAUUGUCCUUAGUGGAAGAAGAUGUCCUCACUGUAGAUAGUUAAUUGUGGCUAUGCAUUUCCUUUAAAAAAAUGGCAAAGGAGAUAUUCCUAUUAUAUUGAACAGCAUAAAGUAAGUGAUGAUCCACAGGCUGAGUAUCAGCCCUAGAAUUCCCUCAGAAAACAAAAACAGAAAUAAAAAAAACCAAGUACCAUUUAUUAAACACUGCUUAACACAUAAUGAUGAAUUAUUUGCUUGAUAAGAAAAGUUUGUUAACGAAUGCCCAUUAUUUUCUUUGUGGAAUUGUUUUUCUCAAGAAUACAAGUCAUAUAGGAAUCAAUUAAAGAAAUCCAACUUUAUAACUUAAAACAUUGAUACACAAAUUGAACAGUAAUGAACUAGUAAUGAAGCUCUAUUUCUGCUUUUAUUAUUCUAAGAUGAAAAAAAUUAAGAAAAAAAAUUAUUUAAUUUUUAUUUCCCUAAUAAUGAAUACUAUUAUUCCAUCCCUCAGGAUGCUUAUAUUUACUGCUUAUAUAUGUAGAUUAUUAAUAAUUUACUUUGUGAUAAAGAUGAUGAGAAGUAACCAAGUAGAAAAUGCAGUGCAAUGAACCAGAAACUCUACUUGGAAUCUGAAAAUCCUAGGUCCAAUUUUAUCUUUGAUAUUAGCUGUGUGAUCCUGGGCAAAUCUUGCAGCCUCUCAACUUCAAUUGAGAUAUAAUAAUAGCACCUACCUCACAGGGUUGUUGUGAGGAUCAAGUGAGAUUACAUAUGUAUAAUAUUUUGUAAAACCUAAAAGUGCUAUAAAAAUGUGAGCUCAUUAAUUGUUUAUUAGUAAGACAGACUUUACAUCUCUCAGUUCUUUUUAUUUCCCCAGUAAUGUUACCCAUUUUUUUCAUUGACCAACCAAAAAUAUCUUUGAGUUUGAAUAUUUUUGAGUCUGAAAUUUCUUUUUGAGGCAUUCCAAGAUCAAGAAGGGAUACCUAACCAGAUGAAAUUACUUUACCCUGCAAAAAUAUACUUUAGGGAAGAAGAUCAAAGACUAACCAGAGCUGUCUCAGCAGUUUGAAUUUCAUCCACCUCUAUAGGAUUAAUAGUGUGCUAUUAUCUUCAGUGAUUAGAAAUGGUAACUGUAUUUUAGUUCUAAGGCAUGUUUUUUUUUUUUUUUCCAUUAUCCUGGUUAGUAGUGCUUCUAUACCAGCUGUUAGUGAGAAAAGGAGAGAACCCAAACAGCAGACAACUCCAUUUUCUUUCCUGAGACAAGCAAACAUCCUAAUGUGAACUUGGACAGGGGUUGACUCAGGGAUUCUUCCAAAUGACAGUUCCUUCUUGUGCUGGAAAAGACUCACCCAUCCAUUCAUAGCUAAGUUCUCAUCUCUUAGCUAAACUUACUCCAGCUUCUAUCCCACACACUUGCUUCCAAUGCCCAGAGCUUAUAUGAUUAUGUUACUUCCAUAUGAGGUUCUUCAUGCUUUAGGCCUGCUAUUGCUAUCAACUUCAUGCUAUCACCUGCUGUUGCUAACAACUGCCUGGCCCAGUCCAUCAAGCUCAAGCUGGGAACUGUAGGAUUGCAGCUGUCCUUAAGUUAGCAAAAAUAUUAAUAAUAAAACCUUAAAAAUUUGUGAUGCACAUUGGCCCUUGCAGCUCACUCUUGCCCUAAAAAAUAAUUCCCUUUGGAGGCUUUUCCUGUACCAUAUGUCCACUGGCCAUGCAUCAUUAUGCGCCAGUAUCAAUGAUUUAGCCUGCCCAAGCCUUGUUUCUUUGCCUUCAGAAAUUAUUAGAAGUGACCUCUUUGGUCUCAUGAUUGUCAUGGUCUACAGGAAGGGCUAAAGGAAUUGGGAUGGAAUGAGACAAAGAAGUCCUUGUAUCUUUCUCAUACAUAACUAUUAUAAGUAUGCACACAAAUAUACAACCACAGGGAUACAUAAUCAUGCAGAUGGUAUUGAAUCAGAAGAGUGAAGAACUUUGUGAUUUCAUCAAAAUUUCCCCUACCAAACCCUUCUUAUAUUAUCUAAUCUAGGCCCAGCCUUCAUGACAAUUUCUGUCUUAAAUUUCAUCACAUAAGUUUGAAAGUGCUAUUAAGAUCAUUCCCCAAACAGAUUUGUGCUAUGUAAUGAAAUGGGUGGUCGUGAUAAUUUGUAGCUGCAAAGGGUAUGGAUUAUUGUGGUUCUUUUGUGUGCCUGUGAACAUUUUGAGUGUAUGUGUGUGUGUGUAUUUGUGUGUAUAUGUUUGUACACAUGCACGUGUGUGUGUGUGUGUGUGUGUGUGUGACUUUAAAAGAUAUGUAUGUAAUGGAGUAAUAAGGGAAGAUAUAUGUUAUUGUAAAGAAGAUGAUAUAAUAUAUAUGUGUGUAAAUGUGUGAUGUGGGAGUAUAAGUAUGAAUUUAUGAAAGAAAGAUCUAAAGAAAGAGGAGAAAAACCAGCAUAGGAGUUUAAUAAAGGUGAAACAAUAAAGAAGGGGAAGAUAAUUGCAAAUAUGGCCACAAAAAAGUAGUUGUAUCCAAAAUCUGAAUGUCAUUCUGAACAGUGUUGUAUUGCUGCUUCAGAUAAAGACAUUAAUUCAUAAAACAUGGUCUUUGGUUUUUGAGCUUUGUUGUUUCUGUGCUUUGUAAGCUCCUUUUCCUAUUAUAAAUUUAACAUCAUGGGAUUUGGCUUAAAGCCUUUUUCUUGGCUUGAGAUACAUACUCAAUAUGUUUUUGAAGACCAUGAAUGUUGUAGCCAUGUUGAAAACAGUAAAAAUUACGUUCGUGUAGUGAGGGAAAUUUUACAGUGAAUAGUAAUUCUUCUCUGUUCUUUUUUUUUUUUUUUAAAUCACAUGUUUAAGUAGUGUGGAUCAUCUGAUUUCUUGUGACCAAUUUUUGCUUUUGUUCAUCAGGAAAAAAAGUUUAAGAUGGUAGCUAGAAAAAGUGAAUUACCAUAAGUCCAAAAUUCUGUUUUAGGAAGUCAAGAAUCAAGCCUCUGUAAAUGGUUUCCAAAAGCCUUUUCAGUGUUUUUAAAGUUCAUGGCUCAAAAGGUAAAAACUUUUGAUUAAUCUUGACAUUAUUGCCAAAUCAGAUCACAUCAGAUUUGUAAAUAAGGACAAAGAGAAUUUAAAAAAAAAAUAAAAUCACAGAAAGGAAAAGUAUUCAGGAAAACAGAAACAUUUGUCUGGCUAAUUCAAUUCAAACAAAUUAUUAAGUACCCAUGGCAUACAAGGUACUGUAUUAGGUAGCAGAUAUAUGAAGACAAUAAUGAAGCAGUACUUGUUCCCUUCAAAAGAUAGGUCAUCUAGCUCUGAAGUUAUCAAAACUUUUGGUCUGAGUAUUACUUUAGACUCUUAAAAAUUGCUGGUUUCCCCAAAGAGUUCUUGUUUUAGAUAUUUACUUUAUUAAGUAAUUGAAAUGUCUUAGCAUUAUGAUGAAAGUGUUUUUUUACUUUGUAGAUCCCCUUAUAUGAUCUCAGGAUCCCCCAGCAAAUUAAUAAUUGCUGAUUUAGUCCAAGUCCAUUAUUUUCAGUAGAGAUACUGAAGCUCAAUGAAGUUGUGACUUUCUCAAAAUAGUCAUUUCCUCUUUACCCAAUAUUUUUUUAACAAAACAUCACAUUUUUCCAUUGAAAUUUUUAUCUUUAAAAUUUCAGCUAUAUAAUUUCACAUUUGCCUGUGUACAAGACAUUUCUAAGACAUUUAAUUCUUCUUCAGAAAUCUGGUCUUUAAGGCCUUGUCUGCAAAAUGUCAAAAUAGUGAUAAGUUCAGUCAAUCACUGGUAUGUUUUAUUUAGCAUUAUGUAUACAAAAUAACUGGAUAAUUUAAUGCUUUUUUUUUUUUUACUUUUCCAUAUAUUUCUGUGUAGCUGUAACCUUUGUUAUGAUUACAUAAAGAAGGUAUGAGUUGUACUUAUAGUCCAUCAAUAAUGAUAUAUUUAAUACCUGCUGUGUGCCAGGCACUAUGCUAACUGAUAGCAAUACAAAUGUGGAAAAGGUAGUCCCUGCUCUCAAGAAGCUCAUAAUCAAAGUAAACACUUUACUUAGCUUCUUACAUCAUUAUUCCCCAUCACUGACAAAAAAAAGACUUAUUUGCUUUUUACAUCAUUAUUCCAGGUCACUGACAAAAAGGACUUACUUAAAACUGUAUUUUGUUAAAAGGUUCUUUGGCCAAAGCAAGUAACAAAUAAGAACAUUAUGGAUGCAACAGUUAUUGUUUGGUCCCAGAUUUUUAAUGGACAUUAAUGACCUUAUAAUUUGCCUUAUCAUUAUAGCAAUUAUUAUCUAUUUGGUUUGUACAUUUCUAGCCAGGAAGACAUAAUUUCCUCCCCUUCUUCCAUCCCCUCCCCCACAAUACUAUUCUGAUUUCAGGCUUUCAGAAACCAGAUGUCCAAAACAUUUUAAAGAAUUAGCAGUAUAUAUUUCAGCAAGGAAGUUGGAAUUUUAUAAACCAAAGCAAUCCAAAGGGAGCAUUUUUUUCUGUGUUAUUCCUGGGAACUAAUUUCUACUGAUAGACAUUUUUAGCCUUUUGAUGGUUCCCAAGUAGAAAUAGAGGAUUUCUAUGUAUUUAAUACUCUAUGUGCAAACUUAAGAACUAUGAUUCUUAGCAAUUUUUAAAGUUUGCCAAAAAAGUAGGAUAUGCUCUCUGUUUCCCAAACAAAGGUAUCAAGAAGAUACUAUUUUUAUCAUUGGAGUACCACUUUCAGUGAGAUAAAAUAUCCUAUGAGUACUGAGUAUAAACUCAAGAAAUUUUAAGUUGAUGAGGUAUAUACUAUCUCAUAAAAUUUCCUGUUCCUCAGAUUCUUUGUUUUGGGUUACCCCCUUAUUCCACAGGCAUUGAAUAAAGGCAUAUCUCGUGAUCAAGUUUGUACAUAUUAUACACAGGCUAUUUUUGCUUUCUGUAAACAAUUGAUUGCUUCUCCCUAUCCCUGUCUAACCCCAAAUCACUGACCUAAUAGGACUUUGUGAAUUUCUUAGCUACUGGCCCCUAGAAUUCCUCCCUUGUCAGCUGAAAAUAUCACAUCUUAUCUUUUUUUCACAUAUUCUAUUUGUUAUAAGGGUUAUUCUCUACCAGCACAGGAGGCAGGUGAAAACUACUUUAGGCAGGCAGGCUAUCCUUCUAAGUUCAUUUUUACUUUCCUCGAAUCCAUUAGGGAAAAAUAGAACUGAAUGAAAGAGCACAAUGACUACCCUGACACAGCAUCCGGAGCCAAAUGACUACACUUGUCUGCCUAUGUACUUGUAAAGGACAAAAUUCCCAGGCAGGAACAGUGGAACCUGUCUGCUUUGAUCUUUCAUAUGAAUAAUCUCAGCAGCAUGCCAAUCUCUAUUUGGAUUGUCUAGCAUUAAAACAAAGCUUCCGAAGAAUCCGUGUGGAAUGAGGGAUUUUGUCAAUCAAGGUCAAAUUCCAUUGUAACAAACAGUACUGUACUGUAAUAGGAAUGUUGUUUGACCAAAAAAGGAAAGAAAAAAAAAAUUAUAUAUAUA